AUGGCGCUUCAGAGAGCAUUAACUCACCGUCGUUUAUUCCACACCACCACCGCCAAGAAAAUCUCCACCCUUUCACUUCGUAACCCAUUUCCAUCCUCAUUUCUAGAGAAAACCUUAGUCCCACCUGAUUCCUCAAGAACAACUUUUAAUCGGGAAUAUGUCUCAGUUCCAGAUUCAACCGACCAAGUAUUUUUCAGAAAGUUUCUUCAGAAAAGAACUUUUUAUCAGUCAGAUGUUCAGACAUUACCAAAUGGAGAAAAUUUUAUGAACAAAUUAAAAUCUAUGGAUAUUAAUAGAGAUCGUGUUCAAUUAGGCACAUUGAACCUUCCAAUUCAUUCAUUGGAAAAGAAAAAUGGAAUUGUAAUCUCAGUUGAUGAUGCCAAGAAGUUAUUCAAGCUAUCCCAGUUAGAAACAUUGAAAUCUACUCUUAGAAAAAUUCCUCAGGAUUCCAUUACUUACCCUGAGUUUCUCCAGAUUUGUAUUGAUUCUACGAGAAUUAACCAAGGUUCGGAGCUCGCCAAAGCAUUAGAUGAAUCUGGCUCGGUUAUUGUUCUAGGUAACAUUGUUUUCCUCCGACCCGAACAGUUGACGAAAGCAAUAAAGAGUAUAAUCCCUUUACCAAUAUGGGAUAAAAAUGACCCAAGAAAAACUGAGUUCGAAAACAUGGAAAAGGAGAAAGAAAUAAUUGAUGCAAAAGCAGAAGUAUUGGUGAAAAGAGAAUUAUGGAGUGGAUUAGGACUACUAGUUCUACAAACAGCGGGAUUUAUGAGAUUAACAUUUUGGGAAUUAUCAUGGGAUGUGAUGGAACCUAUUUGUUUCUUUGUCACAUCAGUGUAUUUCAUGGCUGGUUAUGCAUUCUUCUUAAGAACGUCUAAAGAUCCAUCUUUCGAAGGGUUUUUUCAAAGCCGGUUUGGUGCCAAACAGAAGAAACUUAUGAUGUAUUAUAAUUUUGAUGUGGAGAGGUAUAAUGAGUUGAAGCGUGCUUAUCAUUUUUCCGCAUCUGCAUCGACAUCGGUAUCAAAAACAUCUUCAUCGUCGCCAUUUAUCCAUACUGAUCCUCCGGCGUCGUUGACUUGUGCUCUUCCUCAAAAAUAA